UUCAACAGCUAAAGCGUUCCCAAACAUGGAGGUGUAGUAUAAGUGUAAACUGCACCUGCUGAUUUGGUCUGUUCUGUGGCUGCUAAAGGCGCACGAGGUGAUGGGGGAGGGGGUCGAUAGCGAUACUUUUUGCCAGGCCUUGAUGAGUGCAUUAGGCGGGGGUAAACUCAAGAGUUGUUUCUUGAGGUAAGUAUGUUUUGUGAGCUGUAUCUUUGCUUCCUUUUUCCAUUUAAAAAGGCAAAUAUGGAAUUGGGGAUAAAUGCGCAAGAAGCAAAUAAAAGUACAUAGCAUUUGGGUUAAAUAUUGACGUCCCUGCAAUAUAAACACCAUUCCUGGGUGUGUGUAUACUCAGAAGUAUGCCCCAUUCCUCGCUAGUAAGUGUGCUUACGUAUGCAGUUGCACAGUCCAAUCCUGUGCAAGUUUAUUAGGUGUGUUUAGGAUUAAACCUUGAAUGUAUGCCAUCCUGUCCCCUGUACCAACUUGCUAAUGCCCACGUAAUUACUGACAAUUAUUAGGUUUGAAUGAAUGAGAGCACGUUCCCAAAUAGUGUGUGUGUGUGUUUAAAUGGGUAGUUGAGGCUGGAGGAAGACGGCUUGCUAGAGAUAACAUGAAGUAUGUUAAAUGCGUAGUUGGCUGACUGUGUUGUGGCUAAGACAUGGGAAUGUUUGGACAUGAAGUUGUUACUGCUGGAUGUGGCUUUAUAAGGGAGUGAAAUUCUGGAGUAGUCUCCCUGGUACAUCCAUGGGAACAACUGAACUUCAUUCAUGUUAAACAUGAGGCCUGACUGUCAAAAUGCUGAUCAAGGAAUAUCACAUCCUGCUGCCCAUGAGCCUGACAGAGUACCAGGUGGCCCAGCUGUACAUGAUCCAGAAGAAAAGCCGAGAGGAGUCGAGUGGCGAGGGCAGUGGGGUUGAGAUCCUGUCCAACCGGCCCUACAGCGAUGGCCCAGGCGGGAGCGGUCAGUAUACACACAAGAUCUACCACGUGGGCUCUCACAUCCCCAGCUGGUUCCGUGCCCUCCUACCCAAGGCAGCUCUGCAGGUGGAAGAAGAGUCUUGGAAUGCCUAUCCUUACACACGCACCAGAUACACCUGCCCCUUUGUGGAGAAAUUUUCUAUUGAGAUUGAGACCUAUUACCGUCCGGAUGCUGGGAAACAGAACAAUAUCUUCAACCUAAGUGCUGUGGAGCGCAGGCAAAGGAUUCUGGACACCAUAGACAUUGUGCGGGACCCCAUCUCACCUGGCGAGUACAAGGUGGAGGAAGAUCCACGGCUUUACUACUCAGUCAAGACAGGACGUGGACCUCUGGGCGAUGACUGGCUGGAGAAUGCAGCUGCCGGACCUUUCAUGUGUGCUUACAAGCUUUGUAAGGUGGAGUUCCGCUACUGGGGCAUGCAGUCCAAGAUUGAACAGUUCAUCCAUGAUGUAGGCCUACGAAAGGUGAUGCUGCGGGCACAUCGCCAGGCCUGGUGCUGGCAGGACGAGUGGAUAGAUCUCACCAUGGAUGACAUCCGUAGGCUGGAGGAAGAGACGGCACGCAUGCUGGCGCAGAAGAUGGCCACGUGCAUGGAGCCUGAGAUAGGCCCUGCUGUACCCAGUCCUGAACGCCCAACUGAGCUAGGUGCCUGCGAGAAACAGGACCGAGACGACACCCUAAGGGCUCCUGAUUCCUCCCCAGAUGAUCCAUUUGCCAAGCAGUGGUCAACUUCUUCUCGCUCGUCAUACUCUUCGCAGCAUGCUGUUGCUGUGUCUCCCCACAGCUUAUCAGAGUGGCGGAUGCAAAAUAUUGCACGGGACUCCGAGAACAGUUCUGAGGAGGAAUUCUUUGAUGCUCAUGAGGAUUUCUCAGACAGCGAUGAUGUUUUUGCCAAGGAAAUCACGAAGUGGAACUCAAAUGACUUUCUCGACACUUUGGAGCGACCGAGUGAGCCGGAUGAUGUUCUUGUUGAUACUGCUGGGGCAGCCAAGCCAGAUAGUGAUGAGGUCACUGCGCCUGGCCCACCAGAGGCCGGCUCGGAAGACCUCUCCAGGACAUGCCGUAUCCACGCACUCUUCCUGAUCCUCCACAGUGGCAACAUCCUAGACCAGGGCGUGGGAGAGCCAGGCUCCAAACAGGCCGAUGUACACACGCUCACGGCCACCUUGGACUCGGUCACUCGCCUACACUUCCCCGAGGCAUUGGGGCACAUUGCACUGCGCCUGGUGCCGUGCCCGCCUAUCUGUGCUGCUGCCUACGCCCUUGUCUCUAAACUCAGCCCCUACAGUCAUGAUGGUGACAGUCUGUCCAGCAGCCAAGAUCACAUCCCACUGGCUGCUUUGCCUCUCCUGGCCACCUCCUCGGGCAGUUACCAGAAUGCCGUCGCAACCGUCAUUUCCCGUACCAACCAGGCCUAUGCUAAUUUCAUCCACUCCCCUGAUGGCACUGGCUUCUGUGGCCAGGUGCUACUCAUUGGGGACUGCGUCGGGGGGAUCCUGGCCUUUGAUGCCCUCUGCCAAAGCCGGGUUGGCGGGUCAGGCAGUCGUGGGAGCAGCCGCCGUGGCAGCAUGAACACGGAGCUGCUUUCUCCAGAGACCUCUGUGUCACGAGACCCCCUGCUCGAGAGGGCGGAAGCAUUUGGAGGGAUGGGCCGUGCCAGUCCUGAGCCAGGAGCGCUCCCACCCCCCCAGAGGCGCAAUGACAACGUGGUGGUGCAGGAGGGCGACUCUUUGCAACAGCAGCAGCAAUUCUUGUCCAGCCUGCAGGCUAGCAUGCCUGCCUCAGAGGCAGAAGGAGACCCUCGGCGUAGCAGUAACUCUUCAUCCUCCAUGGUGGAAACGUUUGAGGGGCCAAGCACAGUUGGGAAACUGGAGUUCAAGGUGUCCGGCUUCUUCUUGUUUGGUUCACCCCUGGGGCUGGUCCUUGCCCUGCGUAAGACGGUGAUGCCUGCCAUGGACGUGGCCCAGAUGCGCCCCUCCUGUGAACAGAUCUACAACCUAUUCCAUGCAGCUGACCCCUGUGCCUCUCGCCUGGAACCUUUGCUGGCCCAACAGUUCCACGCCAUGCCCCCCUUUGCCGUUCCCCGCUAUCAGAAGUAUCCGCUGGGAGAUGGAUCGUCCACUUCAUUGGCUGAGGCUUUGCAGACUCACUCUGCCCUCUUCAUGAAUGAGCUAGACCUUGUAACUCCCCCUACUCCGACAGGGGUGUUUGGGGGUUUCUGGAAAGGAAACGAGGCAACCACAAGCGAGAACACUGUGACCAGCACCAGUGAAGUUGUCAAAAUUCUGGAUCGUUGGUGGGGAGCUAAACGCAUUGACUACUCUCUUUACUGCCCGGAGGCACUGACGGCCUUCCCCACCAUUACUCUGCCUCACCUCUUCCAUGCCAGCUAUUGGGAAAGUGCGGAUGUCGCUGCCUUCAUCCUGCGCCAGGUGAUUGAGACGGAGCAGCACCAAGUGACGGAGAAUGAGGAAAGUUCCAUCUACAGCCCAGCAUUUCCUCGUGAAAAGUGGCAGCGCAAACGCACGCAAGUGAAGAUACGGAAUGUCACAGCAAACCACCGUGCUGGCGAUGUCAUUGUGUGUGAGGGGCAACCCCAAGCCCUCAAUGGGCGCUUCAUGUAUGGCCCACUGGAUGUGGUGACUCUGACCGGGGAGAAGGUGGACAUCUACAUCAUGGCACAACCACUGUCAGGGAAAUGGGUCCACUAUGGCACAGAGGUGACAAGUGGCAGCGGGAGACUUUCCUACACCCUUGCCGAAGAGAAGAUGCUGGGUAUUGGCAUGUACCCUGUCCGCAUGGUGGUGAGGGGUGAUCACACCUAUGCUGAGUGUUUCCUGACUGUGGUAGCCAAGUCCACUCCUUGUGUAGUCUUUAGUAUUGAUGGUUCCUUCACAGCCAGUGUCUCCAUUAUGGGCAGUGAUCCCAAGGUGCGCGCUGGUGCUGUUGAUGUAGUAAGGCAUUGGCAAGACUCUGGUUUCAUGAUUAUCUAUGUGACUGGGCGUCCAGACAUGCAAAAGCACCGCGUGGUGGCUUGGCUUACCCAGCACAACUUCCCCCACGGCAUUGUCUCUUUCUGCGAUGGCCUCACACAUGACCCCCUCCGCCAGAAAGCUGCCUUUCUGCAGGGCCUUCAGCAGGAGGCAGAGGUCACCAUUGUGGCUGGCUAUGGAUCCACCAAGGAUAUCUCAGUCUACAGCUCUUUAGGGCUCCCUCCAGCUCAGAUCUACAUUGUGGGCCGGGCUGUGAAGAAAUUACAAAACCAGUGCCAGUUCCUGUCGGACGGCUAUGUCGCACACCUGGCACAGCUGGAAGCCGCGUCCCUUGCCCAUUCGCCAAAGGGUACGACGAGGCCUACGCUGGCCAAAGGCAGUUAUGGCUGCCCUGCUCCUGUCGACUUCCUGCGCAAGCAGAGCCAGCUCUUGCGCUCGCGGGGGCAGAGCCAGGCUGAGCGGGAGGGGUCGGGGAGCGCCCAACCCCGAGCCAAGGCACGCAGUGUCAGCCUCAAGUUGGAGAGUGAGGAGUAAGCUCCUGUGGGGAAGUCUCUGCAUUUUCUGACUUGGAGCGGCUGGUGCCAGGACUGGGCCUAUGAGAGGCCACCAAUGUGAGAGAAAGGAGCCGAGAACACCAGGCAUAGAGAAAAAGAGGGAGAGAGGGCUCUGCCCAGCAGAGGCCCCAAGCUGGCAUGCAGUGCCGCCAGGAGGAGGAAGAGGAGGAGAGAACUUCUAUUAUAAUCCCAGAGGUUGCUUCCGUCCCCAUCAGUUCCAACUCCCAGCUUCUGUUUGUGGUCUUCGUUGACCCACAGUUCAGCCAAUGUCCCUCAGCUCAUACCUCCUGGGGAAUGGGG